AUGGAUUUCCUUCAUAGCAAUGGUGUGCUUAUAAUUCAGCAUUUACAGAAGGAUUACAGGUCUUACCAGGACUUUCUAAAUUUCAUGUCACAAGUAGGAGAUCCCCGGAAUAUAUUUUUAAUUUAUUUUCCUCUUUGGUUCCAACUUAACCAAGUGGUUGGUACUAAAAUGAUAUGGGUAGCAGUCAUUGGAGAUUGGUUCAACCUCAUAUUUAAAUGGAUUUUAUUUGGCCAUCGUCCAUAUUGGUGGGUCCAAGAAACAAUGAUCUAUUCCAAUCAAUCGAGCCCAUGUCUUGAACAAUUUCCUAUAACAUGUGAAACUGGGCCAGGAAGCCCAUCUGGCCAUGCCAUGGGAUCUUCUUGUGUCUGGUAUGUAAUGGUAACAGCAGCACUUAGCUACACAGUGAGAUGGAAAGAUGAAUCCACAAUUACACUGCACAGACUUACCUGGUCAUUCCUCUGGAGUGUGUUUUGGAUUAUUCAGAUCAGUGUGUGUGUCUCUAGAGUAUUCAUAGCAACACAUUUCCCACAUCAAGUUAUUCUUGGAGUAAUUGGUGGAAUGCUUGUUGCUGAAGCAUUUGAACAUACCCCUGCUAUCCAGACAGCGAGUUUGAGAAUGUACAUCAAGACAAAUUUGUUUCUCUUCAUUUUUGCUCUUGGCUUUUACCUGCUUCUCAAACUUAUUGAUGUUGAUCUUCUAUGGUCUGUUCCAAAGGCAAAGAAAUGGUGUGCCAACCCAGACUGGAUAAACAUUGACACAACUCCAUUUGCUGGACUGGUGAGAAAUUUAGGUGCACUCUUUGGAUUAGGUCUUGGCAUUAAUUCCGAAAUGUUCAUCAUAAGCUGUAAAGGUAAAAAUGGAUAUAAGACGAGUUUCAGGCUACUGUGCAUAGCUGCUUCUUUAGUUACCUUGCAGCUGUUUGAUUUUAUCAAGUUACCCACACAUACAGAGUAUUUGUUUUAUGUUCUUUCUUUUUGUAAAAGUGCAGCCAUACCUCUUACUGUAGUUGCCUUGAUUCCAUACUGCAUACACUUAUUAAUGAGGCCAACUGAAAAGAAGUUAAAUUAGAUAAACUUUCAAAAUAGUCUGAAAAAAUGUGGGUGCAUUUAGAUACAAGUGGUGUUCUGUGACGCACUGCAAAGGUAAUUAUUUUGGUACUCCAUUAUGAACAGUGGUGGGUGUCAUUAUGUGUUUGAUGUGCUCCCGGUAAGUCCCAUGCCCAAAGGCAGUACAUCCAGGAAUGACACUGCUAUGUCAGAACCACUGAUUGGCUUGCAUUUUGACUUCAUUCACAGGAUUGAUAAUGCAGUAUGGCUGCCUACACCACUGCGGGUAUGCACAUGUUUUGAUGCAUGUUGGGAUUAGCCAAAGCUUGUAGAUUUUCUAGUUCUUGUACACUUUCAAUUAGAUGGUGCUUCAUCUCCCAUAUCAUCAUUCCACUUUCCAUUUUAUAUACAUAAAUGCUGCAUGUUAAUCUGCUGGAAAAUUAGGUGUGAUUAAAAUCACACUAAUUUAGCUACAUGAAUACAGCGUGUAGUGUGGUGAAGUUCUGAUUAGUUUGCCAAACUUUAAAUUUAACUUAGUGUUUUCUGAGUGAAGCAUCUUCUGACUGGGUCAGGAAAGAAGAAGAAAUUAUUUUUAAAAAGAUUAGUCUGAAACAAUGUAAUUUCAUUUCUAGGGCUAUUGACAGAGCAGAUAACUUUGUAUUGACAUGUUGCUUUUUGUAUUUUUCUUUUAAAAAUAGCUAAAUGCAAAAUCUUGAAAUGAAAAGGCAAUAAAUUCUAUUUACUAAAACUGCUAUACAUUUAACUUUGUGGAAACUUAUGAACAUAGCACAUUUAAAUCAGUGUUAUUUGGGUAUGUAUCUGCACAGAGUAACAACUGCAGAAAGUCAUACAGUGUGAAUUCAUGUAAUCUCAACACACAUCCUAGUGUGUUAUGCAUGCUCCUGUCUUUCAAAUGUAAAUCAGUUUAAUAAUCUCAUUUAAAGAGUACCAAACCAGAAUCACUAUUCAGGGGUGCAAUUGAUCACGGUAAUUCUUUGUUGCCAUACAAUGAAAAAGUGAUUCAAGAGUAAAAUAUGACACGCUUGUAUUUGGCCAACUCGUUUGCCCAACCA